CGUGUACGUGCGAAAACGGGACCUUGUCGUAGCCGCUCUUCUCUUCAUAUCUCAAGGGCCGCUGAGCACUCAUCGUUUGUGCUACGAAGUACUAAGGUAAGUACUAACCUCGUAGCACGUGUAGGCAGUUAGCCUCCACCACAUCCCGCCGCCCGCUCUCCCAAAUUGACGUUGACGUUGACGUUAUCCCCCCCCCCCCCCUUUCCCUUUCCCUUUUCCUUUUUCGCGCGUCCGUAGUCUGUCUAGCCCUACUUGUAGUCCCGUCUCCAUCCCCAGCCCAUCCCCAAUCCAAACGUUACCUAGCGGCCCCAAAGGCAUCGCCCGAAGCUCCCACGGCCGAAGCUACGCAACGGUGAGCGCAGCAGCAGCAAGCCUCUAGCGCCGGUUUUCGCUCGCUCCCGUUUCCCACACCCAAUUUCCUGGGCAGGUAGGUUCGUUGCUUGGCUGGAGGCGAAAGGCAUAAAACCGACUGCCGGCCCUCUUUGUCGGCUCGCCGGCUGCUGAUUGAUUCAAUUCCCAAUCUAGCUCGUUGCCGUGGGCUUGCUUCCUUUUCGUCUGUUUUCUUGCAGGCCACUUCCUGGAUAUCGUCGUGUCUGUAACUUUCGUCCAACCCCGUCUCAUCAUCGACGACGACGACGGUAACACUCACGUACGAUUCGCUGGCAAUCAAUUACCUUGUACCCACCAAGCUUUCGGCGACGGCAGACACAUACCGCAAACCGAUACAGCAGCAGCAGCAGCGCCUCGCAUCAGCGCUCUCGGCCAAGCUCGCAGCAGUCCACCUGACGAUCAUCCGAACCGCGUUCCGCCCCUCCCCCCGGCUGCUCCGCGUGGCACACAGGGUAGUGAGAUUUUGUGCUCGCAAGCAGCGCGAAUCGCAAGCUAUUCCACCCGGUGGAAAGCGGACGCCUGCAUCCACAGCAAGCAAAGCAAGCACCCAGGCCGCUGCUACGUGCGCUCGCUCGCCGACGAGAAGCAGGAAGAAGUGAGCCCUCGGGUCGCGCCGCAUCGCAUCGCGUCGCGUCGCAUCACAUUGCAUUGCACCACAUCGACAGUGACAUCAUCGCCGUCUCCCCCCCCCCACCGGAGUCUCGGGCCCACCCCCCUGUCCCAACGCUGAACUGAAAUUCGAACCCAAAUGGCUGGCGCAGUCGCAAAGCCCGACGCGGCUCUGGGCAAGCAGCCCGGCGCGGCUCCGGCUCCUGCAGUAGCGACCGGCGGCCGCAUCAAGUACGCCGACCCUCGCACGCUGCCCAGCUUCCCCUCGACGGGCCUCGCCCCCGACGGCGCCGCCGCCAGCGCCGCCGCCACCCUCGGCUGGUCCAACCAGAAACCCGUCGAGCUUUGGAAGCCCGACAAGACGUCCUCUGCUUCGGCCGCGGCCGUUCUCGCCAAAGACUACAAGAUGUCGCCCGUCUGGGAGCCCUCUGCUAACCCCGACGGCCACAAGGCCGCUCUCCUUGCCGUGGGCUCCGCCGGGGCCGCUCUCAAGCAGUCAAAGGUCAAGCCGCCUGCGUCGCACUCGCAGGAGACGUGGGGGAACUCGGCAGCCACGCAAGCCUUUCAUGCAAACCGCCCGUCCACUGCCGAGCCUACUAACUUGUCGCACGGUAGCUCGGCGGCGACCCAGGCCUUCCAAAUCAGCAGGACUCAAUCGGCACGGAAAGCCCAGGCUCCAUCGCCCUCACCUCAUGCGCAGAGGUCUCUUGUUGCCGCUAAGGGUGCCAUGUCGGGAGGCAAGGCCGCCGCGACCUCGGAUGUCGGCUUCAAAGAUGUCCAUGCUGCCGAAGCUAGAGCUGCGUCCAGCGCCCUUGACGGCGCGACACGCGCCCAUCGUGCGUCCAUGCAGCCCAAAGUGCCCAUCGGAGAUGCAGGCGCCGUCUCUGUCGUCACAAUGACCCGAAACAUGUUCACUUCACAUCCACCCGUGAAGCCCGAGGUGGACGAGCAGACGUACAAUGAGAGGCUACAUCAGUCUGCCCUCGACAUGGCGCGCAAGAUGUACCAGCGUCAACAGCAGAUGGUCGACCAGACAAGGGAGGCUCACGAGGAUGGUGUCCAGUCCGGCAAGACGGGCACCUAUCUCAACCUGCAGGACGCCGCGUACAAGCAGGCACAGGAGCGACUGGCCAAGCUGCAUGACGAGCACCAGCAGAGCCGCGAGUACCAGGAGUACUAUGGCAGUGGGGCGAGUCCGCGACGCAGAUUUACCGUGGGAGGCAGGUUGCGACGACGCUCCUCGUCGAGCGACGAUGUAGACGACCGCCAGCGCUCUCAAAAGAUUCGCGAGCAAAUGUCCAUGUUUUCCACCAAGCUGUCCCAAGUCGACAAGGAGAAGCGUGAAAAGGACCGCGAAGCCCUCCUGGCCGCUGCUCAGCGCAAUGUCAAGGCACGCCUGCAAGGAAUGGAUCAAAAGGUCUACCAGGAAACCGGGCGGGUGAACCCCAGCAUGGUCAGUGACUGGGAACUCAAGGCCCAGCAGGCUGCCCAGUCGCGUCACGACACCCGCAGCGAGAACCGGGGCAAGGUUGACAUUGGCGGUGGCAAAUUCAUGUCGCCAGAGGAAGUCGAUGCAAUCGCUGCGAGGAAGGUCCAGCCGGUACUCGACGAUAUCAACGAAAAGGCCGAGGCUGAGCGCGAACGGCAAGCGGUCCUCAAAAUGGAGGAGCAAGCCAGACGCGACGAGGCCGAGAAGCAAAAGGCACGAGACCGCGAGAUCAAGGACAUUCACAAGAAGACCAAGGACGAGGAGAGGCAGCAGGAAAGGGCCAAGAGACAACAGGAGAAGGAGGAGGAGAAGACCAAGCGGGAUGAAGAGAAGGCCGCAAGGGCCGAGCAGAGACGUCUGGCCAAGGAAGAGAAGCGGCGCUCCAAGCACGGUGCCAUUGCUGCCCCGGAUCAUGCCGACCAUCAAGAGCACACUGCCGUGGCGCAGGAAGCCACGCAAGGAGAGCAAGCCGCCGGACACGCUCAACCGGCUGCGAGCGCCGCCCCGCCGACUGUGGAUACCAACGCCGAAGCGCCCGACUCCCCCCAGUCCAAGUCCGAGGCCUCGACGUCUCCCACGUCUAGGGUCAAGGGGUGGAUAAGGAACCGGUUUUCUCGCGGAAAGUCGAUGAGCGAGACCGGCGACAAGCGACGCAGCUUCCUCGGAGGGGCGGCCAUGCGGGAGUACCAAGCCAACGGCAGCGCGGUCAGCUUGGAGAACCGACCCUCUAGCAUGCGAGACGUGGCUUAUGCUGGGAAGUCCAGCGACGAGCACGCCAACAAGACUGGUGGUGGAUACGCCAGCAAGUCAAUCGAUGAGCCUGUUGGGAAGACGGAUGCCGAUAACGCCAAUCUUGGCGGCGUGGAAGCCGGGCCGUCAGCCACUGACCACCACCUCGUGUCCGGGGGAGAAGCGCACGAGCCAGAUUCACACGGCGUCAGCCCCGUGAGCACGCCUCUGGAGGAGGAGAAGCGACUUGGAGUCGAUUUCGAGGAUGACGACACAAGGAAUGGCCGACGGAUUAGCAUCGAGCCUCCAAAGCCUAUUGAAGACCCCAGUAUGCGGACCGGGAGCAGUCCGAACCGAGACUCUCGGUUUCGAGAAGAGAUUGAUUCAUAACGCUGUGUAGCUGCGAUUUUUGUACGAGAUAGGGCGGGGAAUUUUGAAGUAAUGCGCGGCAGAUACAUGGAAGAGUAACAUUGUCUGCUAUAUGUUCACGAUGUUUGGAUGCCCUUGUUUUUGCCCUUGUUUUACUAAGAGAGGGCUGGAUAUAGGCUGGGGCAUGUUUGGACCAGGCAGGAAGUGGUUGCGAUUUCACAAGCUUUAGUAUGAUGGAACUGACUGAGGAAGAACUUGACACAGGCAGUACAAUCUUGUAUGAAAAAAAAAUCACACACGCAGACAGGCGUUUUGUUGCAUGCCGAACAAGAGGUCUGUUAAGGACGCUUUCCGACGAGUUCUCCUGAACAUCAGCCAGCGCCCACCCCUCACCCAUCAAGGCUUCACAUGUGUGUCCAUUAUCAAGGCACGGCUGAAUUCGGACGCAGAAGGGGAU